GUCCAUAUGUACAGAUGGUAUUGGUGCACUCGGCAGAGACAACCUACCUGACGUACAUUCAUGGAGUUACUUCUGCAGAAGGGGAAGCCGGUGAUGUUAGUCCGAAAUGCUGGUGUAGGGAAAACUAUCCUGGUCUGGGAUAAGAGUUCCAAAUUCAAAGAGGAAUUCAUGGUGGCAAAAGUACCUUUCAAUUACUACACGACCUCAGCAAUGUUACAACGUGUGCUGGAGAAGCAUCUGGAGAAGAAGGCAGGCCAGAACUUUGCUACUCCUGGAACUAAAAAGCUUAUCUACUUUGUGGAUGACCUAAACAUGCCUGGGGUAGAUGCAUAUGGCACCGUUCAGCCUCAAACCCUUAUCAGACAGCACCUGGACUACUCCCAGUGGUAUGUACAUCAAAGCUUUGUAUAUGAAACAGUCUUAUUUUUAAAUAUGCUUUUAAUAAACUUAGAUGUUUGUAUUUUGUAGGUAUGACCA